AUGUCGUUGCACCUGACGAACAAGUACCGGACAACACUGCGGAGGGUGCUGACCCAGCUGCGGGCCAAGGAGGAAGAAUGUUCGCGGCUGCAUGAAGAGCUACAGGGCGGUGGACAGAGGCCGGUCCCGCCACCUGGGCCGGCGGGCACUCCGCCGAGCACGCCGCCGGGUGGAUCGGUCAGCUCGCCGCGGACAGGCAGGCUGCGCGCCUCGGCUCGAGAAUCAAGGACUUCUUCUCCAUCGGUGGGUGCCUCAUGGGCGGCGCAUCUGGAAGAGCGUGUCCUUGCCGAGCUCGCCAACCUGAAGGAGAGCAUGAACAAGAGCGGCGCGGAUUUAUCGCUGGUGGUGCAAAGCGUUGCUGCCGAGCGGGAGCAGCAGACCCAGGUUCGGGCCGGCCUGGAAGAUCUGGAGGAGCGCAUUGCGGUCCGGGUUGCUGCCGAAGUGGAUGCGGCACUGAACGCGCGGCUGGACAUGCUGGUCGAGACCCACGCCCGCCACAUGGCCGUCACUGCGCCGCUCGCGGGACAGAUCGCGUCCGUGGCACAGCAGCUAGAGCAGCUCGCAGAUGUUGUCAUGGGCACGGGCGAGCGAGUGGAUCUUAUUGCCCGCCUUGUAGAUGGACAGGCGUCUUGUAUCGAUGAUCUGGCGGCCAAGCCCGACGUUGUCGUCGACCUGUCGGGAGUGGAGUCCAAGCUGGACGAACUGAUGGCCCGGCCUGUGCCCGAGCCAGCGGCGGCUGUUGAGGUGGAUCUUUCUACGGUGGAGUCCAAGCUGGACCAGCUGAUGGCCCGGCCUGCGCCCGAGCCAGCGGCGGCUGUCGAGGUGGACCUUUCUACGGUGGAGACCAAGCUGGAUGAGCUGAUGGCCCGGCCUGCGCCCGAGCCGGCGGCGGCUGUCGAGGUGGAUCUGUCGGGAGUGGAGUCCAAGCUGAACGAACUGAUGGCCCGGCCUGCGCCCGAGCCUAUGGUUGUGCCAGAGGUGGAUCUUUCUACGGUGGAGUCCAAGCUGGACGAGCUGAUGGCCCGGCCUGCGCCCGAGCCUAUGGUUGUGCCAGAGGUGGAUCUGUCGCGAGUGGAGUCCAAGCUGGACGAACUGAUGGCCCGGCCUGUGCCCGAGCCAGCGGCGGCUGUCGAGGUGGACCUGUCGGGAUUGGAGUCCAAGCUGGACCAGCUGAUGGCCCGGCCUGUGCCCGAGCCAGCGGCGGCUGCCGAGGUGGAUCUUUCUACGGUGGAGUCCAAGCUGGACGAACUGAUGGCCCGGCCUGCGCCCGAGCCGGCGGCAGGAGUUGAAAUCGACCUCUCCGGCGUCGAGGCCAAGCUGGACUCACUCAUCGCCCACUCCGGCCCAGACCUCACCCACGUCAAUGCCCGCCUCGACGAGCUCGUCGCUGCUUUUGAUCUCACAGGCAUCCACGCCCGCCUCGACGACCUGGUGUCCGUCCCUGUGAACGAGCGCCUGAAUGCCGUUCAGGACUCGCUGAUGGCCAUCAACGAGAGCCUCGAACGCGAUUCGUUCAUUGUCGAUCAUGUCGCGUCGACGCUCCGCUCGCUUCCACUCGAUGAGUCUGACCUGUCGACCACGCUGCACGCCUCUGAUGUCUCGGCCGACGAGUCGGACGACGAUGCUCCGUUUGUCUUGCACUCGGCCAAGUCCGACGAGUCGCUGCCGCGCGACGUGCCGCGAGUCACCUUUGAUUCAGUCGAUGCUGUCAUAGCCGCGUUUAUCGAGAACGAUCCAGAAAACGUGAGCUCCGAGUCCAUCCCGUUCCACGUCCUCGUCCCGCUCUUGGUCUGGGUCGGCUCAUCGCCGUGGGACGCCAAGGUCGAUGCCAACGACUUGCUUGAAGACGAAGAUGGCGGCGUCGCAUCCGAAGAAGUCAGCUCUCUGCUCAGCCUUACCCUCCAGAACGUCGACGGCGGCUUGGAUCAGUUCCUUGCCAAGGCCUCCGACCACUUUACCCAGCUCAGAGCCAAGGGCAAGGCCGCCAACCUACUGACAGAACGGCUCUCGCGUCGCGGCCCAGGCCGUCGCCGCUCGUCCUCCAUUUCCUUCUCACCAGAGCCCGCCGUCAUUCCGCCAUCCGAAACCUACGAAGCAAGCGCAACCUCGAAAUCGUCAAAAGUGGUGAAGACCUAG